AUGAUGGAUAGGAUUUCCCAGCUGAUAUCAGACUUCGUUGGAAGAGAAGUGGUGGUGGACUCGGCCACACUGACUUCUGUAGUGGUAUUGGUGACAGUACUGAUUGUCAGUGCCAUCUACCUACUCUCCAAACGAGGGGCAUCCACAGUGUCCACUGAGUCCAUCAUCAGCAGCAAUAACAAGGGCAACUCCCCCCCAAAAUUCACUCCAGUUGGUCCUGCUCCAGCCAAUGAUGUGUGGGAAGAACGACGAAAACGAGGGAUAUCCAAGAAUUCCAGCAAGAAAAAUGAACAAGCAGAUGGCAAACCUUUUGGAUCUUCCUAUUAUUAUGCCCAUAAUAGUUCCAAUGCCAAGGGUGGCUACUCGGAUGGACUGCAAAUGGAAGACUUCACGAUGAAUGGGCCAAGGCUGUUGGCGAAAAAUGGAGUGGCGGUAGAUACCCUCAAAGAAGAAGAAGCAGAAGGUGCCACAGAAGAGACAACAAUCACCAGCAAUGGGCAGGAAGAUACCCCACCACCCGCUCCGGUGUCUUUGCCGUCUACCCCCCAGAAUACUGCUUCUUUCACUCUGAUUACCAAAUAUCUGUGGGACGAUCCCGGGGAUGCUUCAGGAGUAGCUACCAUUCGAAUAGACGAACUGCCUCCCAAAGACAAAAGCACUAGCACAACAAUUUCUUGGAAGGAUGCCAAUAUUGUUUCGGUUGACGCUACAUUGCAAGGAGAAGGAUUAUUGGUGGUGGCUACCGAUGACAAUCAACACGAAUAUCGACUGCAAAUCAAGCGGCUCUACGAUAAUGCCACCGAAGUGCGAACGGUACAAAAGGCCAAGCGAUUACUGGUCAAAAUUCACAAACGACGGGGCGGACACCUCAACUUUUUGGGCAAAUCCAAUCUGGAACCGUGGCCACAUCCACAAAGGAAAUAG